UUAAUCAAUUAAUUACUCUUUUUACAUAUACAUGUUGGAAUAAUUUUCCACCUUUUUCUCUUUUACAACUUUAUUUGAAUUUCUGGUUCCUAUGUCUCUCAUUCAAAGGCUGAUCAUGUUCAAAAAAAAUAAAGUACACAACACAAUCAUCACUACUUCAAAUAAUUAUUUUUCAGAUAAUAUUAUCAAUACCAAAUAUUCGAACCCUAGAUCAUACACAUAAUUAAACAUACUCAAAUUUAAUUAAUUACUUCAUAAUUAAACCCCAAAAGAGUUCCCUAUUUAUUUACAUUACACCAUUUCAAAAAACACAACGUCAACUUCUUGAACUCACAAUCUUAACACACACACACACACACACACACACACACACACACACAUUACACACACACCAAAGUAAAAAUCAGUUUUGGAGGGUGUUCUUGAAUCUUGAGUGAGAAAUAAUAAUCUGUGUUGUGAAAUUCAGGGGGGGUGUUUGGGGGUGGGGUUUGAGCUAAGUUAUGCGUGUAGGAGCUAAUUGCGCAGCGCCGCAGACGCUCUCAGAGGAGGCAGCUUCCGCGCUGAAGCACUCCCUCAUCCUUGCCAGGCGGCGCCGCCACGCUCAGGUGACUCCUCUCCAUGUCGCCGCCACCCUGCUAAUGACAUCAUCAUCGUCAUCGCUUCUCAGAAGUGCCUGCCUCAAAUCUCAGCCCCACCAUUUUCAACAACCUCUUCAAUGCCGAGCACUUGAGCUUUGCUUCAACGUCGCCCUCAACCGACUUCCUGCUUCCCCCGCCGCCCAUCUCCUCCACCACCACCACGCGCCGCCGUCUCUCUCCAACGCCCUCGUCGCCGCCCUCAAGAGAGCUCAGGCUCUCAACAGGAGAGACUGCGUCGAGCAUCAGCAGAACCACCCUCUCGCCGCCGUUAAAAUCGAGCUGGUGCAGCUGGUUUUGUCCAUACUUGAUGACCCUAGUGUGAGUAGGGUUAUGAGGGAGGCUGGUUUUUCCAGCACUUGUGUCAAAACCAAUUUACUAUCUUACCCUUCAACCGAAAACCCUCUUCUCUUUCCUCCUCAGAAACCCUCUCUGAAACAAGACAUGGGUUUGGUUCUGGAGGUUCUGAUGGGGAAGAAGAGAAGCCGAAACAUCGUCAUAGUUGGUGAGGAUUCAGCAACAUCAAUGGCGGCCGAUAAUCUUGCCGCGGAACUGUUCGAUAAAAUGUCUGAGAGAAGAGAUCUCCCAGAUGAGGUGGCGUCAGCACACGUCAUCAACUUCCAGUUUUCGUCGCUGCUUCUCAAAUUCAUGAACAGAGAUGAGGUGGAUAUGAACGUUGCUGACGUAAGAAAGAAGGUGGAAUCUUUUUCCGCUGCUGCUGCGUCGUCAUUAGGUGGUGGCCGGAGAGUGAUGGUUAUUGUUUACAUUGGUGAUCUAAAAUGGACGGUUGAUCAGAGAGGUAACGGCGGAGAAGAAUAUUCCGUUAAUUAUUUAAUUGCGGAGAUUGGAAAGCUGGGUUCUUGGUACGGAAAGAGCUCAAAUUUAAAGGUUUGUUUAAUGGCUACUGCAAAUUACCAGACAUAUAUAAAAUGCCAGAUGAAGAAACCCUCUCUCGAUAUUCAAUGGGAUCUUCAAACUGUGUUUGUUCCGUCAGGUGCUGGAUUAGGGUUGAGCCUUAAUAAUAAUACAAGUGACAGAGAUGCAUUUCCAGCUAAUAAUCAAAAUUACGGUUUUGCCCCUCGAUUGAGAAGCGAGCGGUCGUGCCAUAACGGGUUCAGUUUUGGCAAUGGUAUUAAUCCCGAAUAUCAACCAAAUUUGGAUGAAGACAAAAUUUCACUCACACUCGGAAAUUCCAUGCAUGCUUAUCGCACAUCGACGCAUGAGAAUUACGCAAGCUCAGUAAUCCGGAUGAAACUGGUUGUGAAUUAUGAAUCCGCACCUUGUAGUGGAAUCAAGCGCAAAGCGGAUUGCAAGUAUCGUUUGCCGAGUAAUUGGAAGACGAGUCGUAAGAGCGUCGAAAUGGAAGAGGUUUCUUCGGUGUGUGGGAAGAGAGAAUUCAGAAGCUCAAAUUUGCUCGACCUUAACAUGAAAGCCGAAGAAGAAGAAGAUGAAGGCGGGGAAAAAACGGGAGAUGUCAGCCCCGUCUCGAGUGAUUUGACACGUGAAACGAUGAUCGAACCGGAUAACAUGAAUUCGGAUGCAAGAGAGAUGGUUUUGUUGUCGAAGUUGAGGAGAUCUUUUGAGGAGGCUGUGGGGGGUAAAAAUGUAAUUAGUAGUUUUAAUGUUGAGGAGAUUGUGUUAGAGAAAAUAGUGCAAUUAGGAGGUGGUUUGUAUUAUGGGGAUAGCUUAUUGUUUGAUGAAUGGGUGAGAGAUGUUUUUCAAAGGAGUAUAUUAGGGUUGGGUGUGGUUAGUGUAAUAAGGCUCUGUUUGGAUGGGGAAAAUGAGAUAAGUUGUGCAGAGGAUGGAUUUAUGGGCACUUGUCUUCCCAAAAGGAUCCAUCUUUCUUUCCUAGGUUGAAAUUUUGUAAUGAAUAAUCCUUGUAAUAUAUUUCUUUAUGCAUGGCUUGUUUUCCAC